GCCCCGCACGAGCUUAAUCCGGCAUCGCUUGUGGCUCACUUUGUCGACUCGCUUGCCAGCUGCCUUGUCACUUUAUUUUUCCCCUCCCAACAGAAACGCCACACUCGACCCUGCGCCCCCUAACGGCCACUCCGGUCCCUUCCUCCUGCACGCCCGUCCGCCCGUCAUGCCUCCUCCACCUCUGCGCUUCGCCGCCAACGUAGGCUGGCUCUUCACGGAGGGGGAGGCCGACAUCUCGGCUCGGUGCGAGGCGGCCAAGGCGGCUGGCUUCGAUGCCGUGGAAAUUCCCGACCCUUACGGCUACUGGGGGCGAGCAGGCGGCCCAGAGGAGACACCUCGACCGCCGCCGCCGCCUGCCCUGCCCGUAGCGCUCAUCAACAGCCCGCGAGGGGACGUGGCGGCUGGCGAGAUGGGUCUGGGAGCCCUCCCGGGCCGUCAGGCAGACUUCUUGGAGUCCCUUCAGACCGCGAUCGCUCACGCCAAAGCUCUGAAGUGUGACAGGGUCCACCUGUUGUCGGGCCGGCUGCCGCCCGGAGUGGCUCGCGAGGCCCAGGGCCCUGCCAUGGAGGCGACGCUCGUGCGCAACCUUCUCACGGCCUCUGACCUGCUCGCAGUGGAAGGGAUGACUGGACUCAUUGAGCCAAUCAACAGCAAGCUCACCGACCCUCGCUACUUCCUGGACACGCCUCGUCAGGCCGCACGCAUCCUGGAAAAAGUCGAUAAACCCAACAUCAAGCUUCAGCUGGACAUCUUCCACUGCCAAGUCAUGGACGGAAAUCUCACGGGCAACAUCCGUGCACUCUUCCCACUCAUCGGGAAUGUCUGCGUAGGCAAUGAAGUUCGAAGAAUCCCUGCACAUCGGUUUGUAGACUAAUGAAAGCACGAAUGUAGUUGCAUGAUGUACAUGCACAAUCCACUGCUGGAUGAGGAGGGUCUCAAAUGCAUGUGCGGGUCGACCAUACUUGACCAUGCUGGGCUGUGCAGGUUGGUGGAGGGAGGGAGCAUAUAUGUGGCAGCAUGGAAAAUACAGAAAAGCAACGGAUUUUUUUUGCACUGCCUUUUGUUAACAAAGAGGCUUCACAGCAGUCUACAGCACCUGUUGCAUGCAUGUUGGUCACCCAUACAAGCACAAUCCAGGCUCAACUCUGCUUAGAUUCCGAGAUCUGAUGAGAUUUGGUGCGUUACGGGUGACUUGCUCUUCGGCAUUUGCCUGAUAUAUAUCUUUUACUCCACUUAUUUUCUAAGAACAUUUUGCUUUCAAACAUUUUUUCCCUCUGGAUUUGUGUCCUUGACUUUCAAUGUCAUUGCAAUUAGCCAUUGUCUAUCGACUGCUAGAUAGAGGCUCGCCACGAUGUCUCUCCUUGAGCUUUACAGGCAUGAAUGUGUUUUAAGUUCCCCAUUCAUUCAUCACCCAGGUCAUAUUCAGGUGGCUCAGGUUCCUAACCGAGAUGAGCCAAGCAGCCAAGGGGAGAUCAACUACUCCUACAUCUUCAACCUCCUCCAGGGACUCGGCUACCAGGGAUACGUGGGCUGUGAGUACACGCCACGAG